AUGCUAAGAUACUAUUCUAGAAAUCAAUAUUUUUUGACGAUGAUGGGCAUUUGGCCUUAUCAGCCUAAAAUAGUGAAGAUUUUGCUACUGUGUUUCUUAGUAGCCUCUGAGAUAUCUAUUCUUGCAACUCAGAUACUUUUGUUAUAUAAUACUUGGGGUGACACAAGUAUGACUAUCGAAGGUCUAGUUAAUGUUAUUCUUAGUGUUGGUGCUACUACAAAAUUAGUUAAUGUUGCUAUAAAUAACAGGAAGUUGCAAUAUUUGUUGCAAUUGAUGGAUGAACAUUGGCGACUCUUUCAUAGCGAGUGUGAGCUUCAUAUUUUAAGGCAUUAUGCUAAGAUUGGUGAAAAAGUGACAAAAUAUUACUCGGUGUACAUUAAUAUAUUUGUUGGAAUAUUUAUAUCAAUACCAUUAAUGCCAAAAAUUCUAGAUAUCAUAAUACCAUUGAAUGAAUCACGGCCAGCUAUAUAUGUGCUUGAGGGAGAUUGGGGAGUGGAUAAAGAAAAAUAUUAUUUACCAAUUUUGUUACACUGCUAUCUUGCAGUUAUAGUUAGUACCAGAUGUAUGGUGAAUGUUGAUACCAUGUAUAUGGUGUGUGUAUUACAUGGUUGUAGUUUAUUUAACGCUAUAGGUAUUCGUCUUGAAAAUAUUUUUAAUAACGUUGAAUUUAUGAAAAGCAAAAAUACAAUAAACGAAAAACAUUUGGCAAUAAAAGAAUACAAUUCUGAAGAUUAUCGUGAGAUGAUUGCGUGCUUAAAAAAACAUCAACUUGCAAUAGAAUAUAUUAACUUGCUAAAUUCUACAUUUAAAACUGCGACGUUCCUCAUCUUGUUUUUGAACGUAAUGAUUCUGAGUCUAAAUGGAUUACAAAUUAUUAAUAAGUUGGGACAAACCCAGGAAGUGAUAAGAUUUGGAUGCAUAACUAUGGGAUCUGUCACUCAUCUUUUGAGCAUGUGUUUCCCCGGACAAUUGCUCCUAGACACAAGUAUAGAAGUAUUCGAUAAAGCGUACAGUGCGCGAUGGUACAUGUUCUCGUUAAAAACGAUAAAAUUAUUGAGCAUACUGCUUCAUAGGAGUCUUGUGCCUUGCACGCUCUCAGCUGCAAACAUGUACAUUAUGUCGAUGACUACGUUUAGUUCGGUGAUGCAAACAGCCAUGUCAUAUUUCACGACCUUUUUAUCAGUCAGUUGA